AUGUCAGAUGAUGAGAUUAAGCAGUUGUGCUUAAUGGAUAUAGACAAGAUCUUAUAUUCCUAUGGUAAAACCUUGAAAGACUAUCCUCUUAUGCCUUUAGCAACUGAAGUUGAUAAUUCUUUGUUAACCAAAAGGGUUAUAAGGGAAAAGCUAAACUUUAACAGGGAUGAUUUAAAGAAAAAUGCCUCAGACAUGUUAGCCAUCGCAACACCUGAGCAGAGAUAUGCAUUCGAUAAAAUUGUUACAGCUGUGUAUUGUGAUGAAGGGGGUUUUUUCUUUGUGUAUGGUCAUGGAGGUACUGGAAAAACAUUUCUCUGGAACCUUAUGUCUGCUGAGAUUCACUCAAGGGGUGAUAUAGUGUUAAACGUUGCUUCGAGUGGUAUUGCAUCUUUACUUCUUCCCAAUGGAAGAACAACACACUCAAGGUUCAAAAUACCGCUGAAUAUAACUGAGGAUUCUGUAUGUAACAUCAAACCUGGUUCCCCUCAAGCAAUGUUACUAUUGAAAGCCAAACUUAUAAUUUGGGAUGAGGCCCCAAUGGUUAGUAGGUACUGCUAUGAAGCGCUUGAUAAAUGCUUGGAUGACAUCAUGAGGUGUUCUCCAACAUAUAGCAAAGAUUUGCCAUUUGGAGGAAAAGUGGUUGUACUAGGUGGAGACUUUAGACAAAUUCUUCCUAUCAUUCUACGAGGAUCGAGACAAGAUAUCGUUUAUUCAACCGUGAAUUCGUCUUACCUUUGA